CACUCACCCCAAGUCUAUCAUUCGACCGUUCCACACUCCCACUUUCCAUUCCACCUGUAACAUGUACGGAGUAUUUUUAAGCGGAUCCUGAAAAUGUGCCCGAUUUCUAUGUUGGGAUAAACGGCGUACAUCUCCAUCGCUCACUCCAUUGAGUGGCUCGAUUUCUUAAAUUCCACUCCAGGUGAAGGCUACCAUUCACAUACUCGUCGCCCUGAUAGGGAAGGUUAUCUGUUACAUUAAUAGAGUGUGUGCUCGAGAAGAGGGUUCCUCGGAAUAUAAUAAUGUUAGGGAAUUCACUAAUCAAUGUUUCGACAAAUUCUACCAUGUUGCGUAUACUUCCCAGUAGGCCAAAUGGUCAGGUGAAUUUAUUGCCAUCCUUAAGAACUCCAGCAAUGCCCAAAAGCAGAGUCUUUAGCGUAAUAGCAAUGUCUGCAGAAACGGGUCAUAGUCAGGAGCAGAUACAAGAACAGCCUGGGCCGACUACUGAACGCAAAAAUAUAUUCUCUGUUGUUUUGGAUGUGCCGAGGAACAUCUGGAGACAGACUCUUCGGCCAUUGGGUGAUUUUGGGUUUGGGAGAAGGAGCAUUUGGGAAGGAGGGGUAGGGUUGUUUCUGGUUUCUGGUGCGGUUUUGUUGGCACUUAGCUUGGCCUGGUUGAGAGGGUUUCAAUUGCGCUCAAAGUUUAGGAAAUAUUUGGCUGUUUUUGAGUUUGAGCAUGCUUCCGGCAUCUGUACAGGCACACCUGUCAGGAUUAGAGGGGUGAAUGUUGGCAAUGUAAUACGGGUUAACCCAUCUUUGAGAAACAUUGAAGCUGUGGUUGAGGUCGAAGAUGACAAGAUAAUUAUACCUCAGAAUUCAGCGGUUGAGGUGAACCAGUCUGGCCUUCUAAUGGAAACCAUGAUUGAUAUCACUCCUAUAGACCCAAUUCCAAUUCCUACAGUAGGACCUCUUGAUCAAGAUUGUUUAAGAGAAGGUUUAAUUGUGUGUGACAGACAAAAGAUAAAGGGAAAACAAGGGGUAAGUUUAGAUGCUUUGGUUGGUAUAUUCACCCGCAUUGGUCGUGAAGUGGAAGAAAUUGGUGUUGCAAAUACAUUUUCCUUGGCUGAAAGAGUUGCAUAUGCCAUUGAGGAGGCUCGUCCUUUGCUUGCCAAGAUCAAAGCCAUGGCUGAAGACGUUCAGCCUAUGUUGAAUGAAGUUCGUAAUAGUGGCUUAUUGAGUGAAGUUGAGAGUUUGACGAAAAGCUUGACGCAAGCUUCAGAAGACCUGAGAGACAUGCAUACCACGGUAAUGACCCCAGAGAAUACAGAACUAAUGAGGAAGUCUAUAUAUACAAUGGUUUUCACCUUGAAGAACAUUGAGCGUAUAAGCUCGGAUGUUUUGGGAUUCACUGGUGACGAAGCCACCAGACGGAAUCUGAAAUUGCUCAUCAAGUCACUCAGCAGGCUAUUGUGAAAACCCAAGAUGCUUACUCGCGACACUUGAUAUCCAAAUUGAUUGAAUGCAAACACCUUCUAUGAACUUGACUACAAUAUAUCCAUCUGACAUGGAGCCUCGUUUGGACAUCUGUUGAAGGACCAGUUUUGGGAUUUUUUAGGUAGAGUAUGAUCUGUUUUACCAGCAACUGUAGAAGAUGAAUAUCGUCUUUUACUUAUUCCCAUCUCUGUGUUUUUCUCUGAAGCUUUUGUGAUUAUUCAGCUUUUGUGAUUAUUCACGCAUUAUUGUAUUCAGAUUACUGGCUGGGAAUAUACAAAAUAGUUCAGAUAAUUCUGUUUCAA